UGGCGCGACUUUGGCUCCCACCGCACCCGCGAACGUCGUCAUCAUCCCGCGGCCGUCGAGGGGAUCAUCUUCUGCGAUGGCUGCCAAAGGCAUCUUCAAGACACCCAGCAAGUCUUUGGAGCGAAGGCAGGCAGGACAAGGUAGCUGUUCACCAUCAAUAGCUAUUCCAGCCUCUCCCUUCAUGCGGAAGCUUGGGUAUGGAACUGGAGUCAACGUUUACCUCAUGAAAAGAUCUCCCAAAGGUAUGUCUUGUUCUCCCUGGGCUGUGAAGAAAAUAAAUCCCAAAUGUGAUUCCAGCCAGCGCAGUACCUAUCAAAAGAGGCUGAACGAAGAAGCCAGUAUUCUAAAGAAUCUUCAGCACCCAAACAUUGUCGGGUACCGUGCGUUUGCCGAAGCCGAAGAUGGGAGCAUGUGCCUUGCAAUGGAAUAUGGGGGAGAAAAGUCCCUGAAUGACCGAAUUGAAGAACGGAACACAGAACACCAGGGACCCUUUCCAGCUGCUACCAUCCUCAGAGUUGCCUUGCACAUGGCGAGGGGGUUGAAGUAUCUUCACAACGACAAGAAAUUGCUUCACGGUGACAUCAAAUCUUCCAAUGUUGUCAUUAAAGGUGACUUUGAGUCAAUAAAGAUCUGUGAUGUGGGUGUUUCACUGCCCCUGGAUGAGAAUAUGAUGGUGAGUGACCCGAAAGCUUGUUAUGUUGGCACAGAGCCCUGGAAGCCCAAGGAAGUCCUGGAGGAAGAUGGUGUCAUCACCGACAAGGCUGACAUCUUUGCAUUUGGGCUGACUCUGUGGGAAAUGAUGACCCUCUCCGUACCCCAUCUUAACCUGCUAGGAGAGGAUGACGAUGAUGCUUCCUUCGAUGAAGAGGACUUUGAUGAGGAUGCCUAUUACGAGGCCCUUGGAACCCGGCCUCCCCUCAAUGUGGAGGAGCUGGGUCCCUUGUAUCAAAAGGCCAUUGAGCUGUUUUCUCUCUGCACCAUGGAGGAUCCGAGGAAGCGUCCUGCGGCUGCACACAUAGUGAGCGUCUUGGAGGCAGAGGGGUGCGUACAAUAA